AUGACAAUUAUGACAAGCUUUACAAAAUUCGCCCACUCCUUGAUGCCUUAUCAAAAUUCAUUUAUGCCAAGUGAGUACCAAGCCAUAGACGAAUCUAUGAUACGAUUCAAAGGAAGAAGCAGCAUUCGACAAUACAUGCCGAUGAAAUUGAUCAAGAGGGGAUACAAGGUGUGGGUAAGAAGUGACGAAACAGGAUUUAUGUCGCAAUUUCAAAUUUAUAUGGGUAAAGUUUCAAAUCUUACUGAAAAAUCCAGGGUUAUAAAGAACUUAUCUAGAGAAUUAGUUGUUUACUGUUGGAAGGCAUUUAUGCAUGUGGAACCGCCAGAAAAAAUAGAAAAAAUAUGCCAAACGACUUGCGUGACGAUAAGCAUUUUAAAAGUAUCAGACUAUCAAGUAUCUACCGGAGAAAUUGUAGCCUUGAAGCGGAUGAAUAGAAAAAGCGUUCUUUUUAUUUCAAAUUUUCACGAUCCUGCCAACCUGGAAACUGCUUCUAGAAGAAAAAAAGACGGCUCUAAAGAAGAUGUAGAAUGCCCAUCACUUGUUAACGAUUAUAACCGGCACAUGGGAUGUGCCCAAUGCAGUAGCCGCAGGGAACCAUAUUGA